GCCAAUUAUCGAAGAUUCGAAGCUGCUGACUCGUUUCACAACAAUCCUAAGGCCGUGUUAUUUAUACUCAUAUGCUACCUCAUCGCUGAGGCCGCGUUAGCAAUGUCCGAUUCUUCUCAUCUCGGACGAUUGUCUCCUUAUCGCACAGCGUUGAUGGGAUGAAUAGCGGCAAUGGACUCCGAGACAUGUCGUGAAAAGGGCAGGUUGCUCACGUGGUCCGACGAUGACUCCGAUAGCGGUGAUCAGCCACGUAGAGUAAGCCGACGACCUGGGGCGUCAUGUAUCAUCACGGCGCUUGCGUUUUCGAACCUUGUCCUCGUCGCUCUCUGCGUGUCCCUCACACUGCGACUAGGUGGCCAACCAACACCAGAAACUACACCACACACUGUUGCAGCCUCGGGGCCCUCGUGGCUUCCACCACAAAUACCGAUAAAGAAGACGCUCAACUCCGAACCUAUAUAUGGAGGCCUGAUUACGAAUGAGAGCGAGGAGGCUUGGGAUGCAUUGAUGCCGCACGGCCGUGGGUUUGUUAUCAUCAAGAAUGAGACGGCCGUUCAGGAGAUGCCAAAGUUCAAUGCGACCAUGAGUGAGUACAAGGGAGUAAUAUCUGUCUUCCACCAGCUCCAUUGCGUGUGGGCCACCCGGGAGGCCUUCUUUCGGUUACUGCGUGAUGGCAACUCGACUGAGAUCGACCUCGGGCACCUUGGUCACUGCUGGGACUUUGUCAGGCAAGCCAUCCAGUGUCGUGCUGACACCACCAUCGAGUGGCAGGUGUCGGAUGAGCUCUCUGGAAGCCUGGGAUGGGGCUACCAACAUCAGUGCUAUGAUUAUGACGCCCUGCUUGCCUGGGCUGAAGAGCAUAGGUGGGGUGAUGAACAGAGUAUUCAGUAAACAGUUCUCUACUAAAUCAAAACUCCAUUAUGCCAGGUACGCUUGAUGAAUUUUCUCAUGUUGACAUCACAUUCCUACAUUAUGGCCUAUUGUUCCGUCUUUUCUAGCCGUUGGUCUUGGGCAAAUAUUUGUACUCAGCACGGGUCCAAGCAGAUACGAUGUUGAAUCUUUCUUAUACUGUAUCAUAUUGGCAAGAAGAUUAAGAAGGAAUGCACAUGCUCAUCAGAAAGUUUUCAUCCUGUUUGGGCUAAAUGACC